AUGGAGCAAAUGGAAGAUCCCGCUGGAUCGGACAACAAACGAGCUAUAGCGCGGAAAAGCCAGUCUAAGAUCAGCAGUGUCAUCACAAGUGUUUCAAUGGGUGGUAAUGAAGGAGGUGGACAGGGAGGUGAACGGUGGAAUCUCUUCAGGGUGCGCCCCAUCGUGCAGAAAUCCCCCACUGACCCGGGAUCAGAGACUAACACACCUGGGGGAUUCACGCUGCAGUCGUACUUUGGAGUUCAGAAGUCUAAAACCAUGGAUGCCGUGAAGGCUCAAGUUAACGUCAUGGUUGAAGAUCCCGCCAACUUCCAAUCCACCAAGAUGGAGAUGAGUGGCGAAGAGGGCAAGAAAACAUCCUGUCACAGACUGAGACAUCGAGAUAUGAACAUUCUCACUCCCUCUGGCUUCUGAUCCCACAAUUCUUGAGCUCUCUUAAGCUUCCUCGACUUUUGCAUUCCACAGACACGCAUUACUGCACAAAUUGACGCAUACAUUUCAUUUGCCAUUUAAACUUAUAUGGUCUCUUACAAAACACACACUUUUUCUUUCUUCCCUACCUUAAAAUUAGGUGAGAGACGUACAAUCUCUUACAUUAGUGCCAAACACCCUAGAUAGUUAUUUUAUUUACUUUUUUUUUUUUGUGCAUUUUUCCCCAAGUAUGAGAUUUACCACAUAUUUGAAAAGGUGUUUUUUUUUUUUUUUUUAGAUUUUCACCAUUGCUGUGUCAGUGCUUUUGAUUGCUGUAGUUCAAAUUCACAGAUGUAAAAAGUGACGACAAAAUGAUCGAAAUAUGCAUAUUACCAGUAAGCUUCUGGAUUUUGUUUUUGUUUUGUAUAGGUGUGAAAUGCAGCAUUAAUGAGUGCAUCCUCUGCUAUGAAUUUUGUGGAAUAUUUUAAAAAGCUUACUGAACAAAAGUAUGUUUCAACAGUAUUUAUCAUUAGACUGAUAGACUCCAACAAAGACAACAGCACAUUUUAAGUACAUCAAUCAAACAUUAAAACAUUGUGUAGUAUAUAACACUGUUCUUGUUUGCAAAGCUGUUCAAUGCCACAACAGAACAUGCAACCUAACAUAGUCAGGUAUCCAUCUGAGUUGAAACUUGUGUAAGUGCUGUUUUUGUAACUUGACUGUUUACUUUUUUCAGUGUUCUAAUUUAUUUGUCCUGUUAAUUCAAGAUAACAUGAGAUUGAUGUGGUAUUGUAUGUCCUGUGUGCAGUCCCUCCCUGUGUGCAAUAAGCUACAGCAUUGUUUGUAUUGGCAUGCUGAAAGCACCUCAUUCGUAUUGCCGGGUGUGACCCUUCAGCACGAAAGUCUUUUCUAUAGGUUUUGUUUUUUUGUUUUUUCAUUGUUGGACACAAAAGCGAAAUUUUAUAAAAGGUUCUCUGUACAUGCUGAAACGUGAUUCCUUUUUUAUACUUUUGUAGUUGAAAAUGCUUUCCCUUUAAGAUAAUCCACUUCCUGUUAAACUUGACCUGUUGUAGUUUCUUUUUUCUUUUUUUAGUGCUGGACUCUCAACUUUUAAUUUAUCUAUUCAGUCAUUCAUUGGCUUUUGCAUUUCAGGCCAAACUUUUAAACACAACUCGUGUUUUAUUGCAACCAUGUAUUAUUACUCGGUUCAUAUUUUUACGUUUGGAUUAUUUGAUUUCUAAUAAAAGCACAAUGAACGACUUUGGUUGUUCUGU